UGGAUGUUGUGAAGCCGAGUUUCUUCUGUAAUUUUGCUAUAAUUUAUUUUUAAAUUCUUGAGUGUUCUAGGCGAGUACGUAUGGUCUUUGUUGAGUAAAUUGAAUAAAGUUGGCUUGAUAAAUAGAUAUUUGUGAAUUAUCUCGAGACAAAUCUUAUUCGCUGCUCGCACUUCGAUUUCUACAGGAGCACCAUGAAUGAUUAUCGAAGGAAGGUGGCGAACUGUAAUAAUAUAUGUUUUCCAAAAUGCCUGGCUGAUGCUGUUUAUUACAACGCUACUUUAGCAGCCCAGCAUUUAUACGAAAGCUUAACCAACUACUACAAUAGCUUAAAGAACUACUAUGAAGACCCGGCCUGUGAAGAAUCGGAGCAGGAAUGUCUUCCUUGUCCAGAUAAAUUUGAUUUUCCCGUAAAUAACGCAGACAAAAGAAAUAUUUCGACGCAAUCCGAACAUGGACUUGUUUCCAAUUCCGUAGACUUCGUCAGAGCGCCGUUUCCUCCAUGUAACGCCAUGUACGCGGAUCGUAACCACCCAACAAUCUUCUCUUACGCUUAUCUGAAUGAUGGUUAUUGGUUAUUCGCUAAAAGAACUCAACUAAGCUUCGCUAACGAGAUCCUAAUCCCUUAUCCUUUUAAGGACAAAUGCAAUAGGAUAAUAUACCCAUUAAGUGAAAUAGAAUUAAAUUAUGUAUACUACGACAAGAAGCUAAAGGUGACUUAUCCUUUCGCUCUUCAGAGCCAAGUGACGGGAAUGGUUCAUUACAUAGAACCUUUCAUACCGGACGGAGAAAACCAUCUGACCACGAUACUGUGUGGUGUGCAAGACACUAGUUCUGCUUGGAACUAUUUCUUCUUUCCAGUGCUUUUAAGGGAUAAACUUACCAAACAGUUGUAUAGAACAUUACCAUUCGGGGUCAGAGACUCGUAUGGAAACUAUUUAUGCAUAGCAACUAGCAAUACAGUUUUCCCAAAUAAUAAUAAUCUGUGCAAGAAGUCAUCGGAGAAGAAUUAUUGUUACUUCUACGAUGAUAAUAGUACAGAUCUCGCCUACUUCUAUGGUACCUGAGGAAUUAAAAUAUACAUAGCUUUUAUAAGAAUAGAUUUAUAUACAUUUGUUUUUAGUCAUUUUAAGAGAAUACGCGUAUGUGUCUGUGUAGACGUAGAGCAAAGUCUGAAGACGACAAACAUAAAUUCUCGUGUGAACACAAAUCGAAUAGUAAUUGAACGAGUGUAUAAAAUACAAUAUUUAUUUUAUCUGUAGCUGUAAAAGUAAUGUUUGAAGAAGAGUAAUGUGACAUUUUUGUUUAGGCAGCCAUUUUGUAAAAUCCUGUGUAACCUUGAAAAUAUAGUAUUUCUACUACUGCAGAGAAGUAAAUUCUUCCAAGGGAAAAAAAAGUGUGUUUAGUAAACCUACAUCAUUGCAAUUCUAAAUAUACUUGAGUUUGUUGUAACACUGCGAGUAGAAAGUGUAAAAAAAAGAAUAUUUGUUAAAUCGUCACAGCUUCAUUAAACAUAACGAAAUAAAAUUUUA